GAGCACGCGGAACACCGACCGACGCACACACCGGACCAGAAGUGGCCAAAAAUUGGUGAAAAUCGAGUGCCGAAAACCAGGCGUCUCCAUCGUCGUGUGACGCGGCGCACGUGGCGUGCCGUUUUUUUGAAACAAAAACGAAUUCAAGUACAGGUUCAAGUGAACUUGGCAAAGGAACCGGAAACGGAAAAGUGUGUGUGAGUGUGUGUAUUUGCGAUAUCCGGGUGUUGAUUCCUCGGUUACUAAUCCGGGAGGUGGCCCAAAACAGCAAAGUAGUGGAUAGUGUCCACUCCAUGGUGACCAACCGCCCCCGUGCCGCUUAAUCCCCUGGCCGGUGACCAUGAGACAGUGACAUGAGUGACAAAUGUGUCCUGCUGUUUGCGUGUCGGCACCCAUCCAGCUCACCAAACCAACCAGCUUAAGGACGUACCAUCGCUGCGGAUCGUGCGAAAUGUUGCCCCCGUCCCGUACUGCAACCAGCCCCAGAAGCGCCACCAUGAAGCUCUAUCUGUUUCUCGCCAUCGUCGUGUGCAAAUCGUGCCGCGCUGACUACGACUCGUCGCUCCUGGAGUCUACGGAUCCGCGAUCGGAGCUACUGCGCUACGCACCCUUUAUGGCCGGCGAGCUGGCGAUGUGGCCAUCGCUCACAGCAGGCGACGUACCCGGGGAUGGCGCCGGAAGUUCAUCGGCGGAGGUGAUGAGUGAGUUCGAAUGGUCACCGUACCAGCCCCGCGCUCCGUGGUCCAUGAUGGUAAAGCGAAGUGGUGCCAAGGCCGACAUUCAAACGAGACGUCGUAGCGCUCUGGACAAGAAUUUUAUGCGCUUUGGCCGGGCCGGUUCAAAUCUGAUGCGAUUCGGUCGUCCGGAUCGUAACUUUCUGCGCUUUGGUCGCGAUCCGUCCGCGGAUCUCGAACAGGCGGCGGCGGCGGCGGUGACGGAUCUAAGCAAGGAGUACGCCACUUCGACGGAACAACUCGAUGGUAGCGACGCUGAGCAGCAGCAGCAGCAGCAGCAGCAACCGACGGUAAAACGGAACGCUGCCGGUAAUACGGAGGAGGUACUCGGCGGAGGUGGUGUCAUGAUGUUCGAUUCCGGGGAGCAGCUCAAACCGAAACAGGUCGUCUACUAUCGGCGCGACUCACCGAAGAACCUGAUGCGCUUUGGUAAACGACGCUCGACCGGUUCCGGUUACCUUCGCUUCGGUCGGGCUGGGAACUUGAUGCGCUUCGGGCGAAGCGACGAACCCGCGGGAACGUACGGCCGGACGGCACGUGCCAAUCUGAUGCGCUUUGGCCGGGCCGGCAAUCUGAUGCGCUUCGGACGAUCCGAGCGGCCACAAUCAUCCUCGAAUACUACCGGCAUGCCGCCAGCGGACAGCCAACCAGAUGCUCGUCCGAAACCUUCAAUCCGCCAGAGCGCCGCAACGAUACCGACCAAUCUGAUCGAACUGUUUGAUGCGUUGCCCUCGAAUACGGUCGCAGCCGGGGAUGAGGAUGACCGGCUUGCGAUGUAUGUGGUCGAAAAGUAGUGAGCCCCCCCGGGGGGGGAGGGGGCGCUCGAACGCAAUCCAACUCCAAACAGGCCAAAACCACACACACACACGCACACACAUGCUCUCUGUCCGUCUCUCCCACUCCCAAGUCCGUGCAAAAUAGCGUAUUGUUGAUAAAAAAUAUACAAAAAAAAAAAAUCUUGGGCAAAUACCCGUUUUCUGUCACGACGCUGCGUGCUCGUGCGUUAUGGUUGUGAGCGAUGGAGCGAGGGCGCGACACCGUGACAAGCGGUGUACAUCCCGGGGAUAAAAAAAAACAACAACAAAAUAUAAAAGGCUGGUAUCAACAAUACGCCUUAUUUUGCGCAACCCAAACCCUCGGUACACAAAUACUCACGCACACAGAGAUCUCCAAGUGGCCAGGCCAGGUAACCAAUGUUCAGGCCAAACACGCGGUCAAUCCGGUGGCUCUACUCGCCCCUGUUCGCUAUUAAGUUGGUUUUUAGUCGACAGCUAAACUGUUUUAGAACAAUCCGUUCCGCCAUCACCGUGCUAGCCGAUCGAUGCCGUUCCUCGGGGGGCAGAUUUGUGCAUCAAAUGCAAACACUUCUUCUUCACUCGAAUCGGAAGUCGAUUCGGAAACGGUCGAGGGUAUUCUGUCUUAGUAGAAGGGAAGAUGACGCUCUGAAGCGAAAGAGGGGAAAAAACAAAGAAAAAGAAAUAAAGUGGUGCACCUAGGCAAACGGGGAACUAUCUAAAUAUAUACACAACAUACGAAUAAACAUAAAAAGGAAGCAUAAAAUCAUAAACCAACGGAACCAUCGUUCUGAGCAGGGCCACACUAGCAAUCGUGCGCCGUGAUGUAGGAGUUGGAGAAGGAGAAGGCUAUAAAAUUAGGGGAAAAUCGAGCGUUCGCUCUGUACAUUAUCUGGAAGGCGAUUGGCCGCAUUGUUCGGUUUGGAAAACUGUAAAAAUAAAGUACUCUACUGAUUUUACUCUUCAU